GCAUUUGUUAUGAAAACGAUUUGCAAAUCAAAAGACAAUUAAAUGGUUUAAAUGUGAGAUAAUUGACACAAAUUGACCACAAAUUGAUUGAUUGCGACAAGACUUGAAGCUCAGAGCAGAGCGUGAAGACAAUGGACUUCCAGCACAGACCGGGGGGUAAGACAGGAGGGGGUGGGGUGGCCUCGUGGGCCGAGACGAACCGGGACCGACGGGAACGGCUUCGACAACUGGCCCUCGAGACCAUAGAUUUGGCGAAAGACCCGUAUUUCAUGAAAAACCAUUUGGGGUCCUAUGAGUGCAAACUGUGUCUCACUCUACACAACAACGAGGGCUCAUACCUGGCCCACACCCAGGGCAAGAAGCACCAGAGCAACCUCGCCAGGAGGGCCGCCAAGGAGGCCAACGACUCGCCCUCUCUGCCGGCACCGGCCAAAGCACGCGUCGACAUCAAGAAGUUCGUCAAAAUCGGACGACCCGGCUAUCGGGUCACCAAACAGCUCGACCCGGAGCUCAACCAACAGUCGCUACUGUUUCAGAUCGAUUACCCAGAGAUCGGCGAGAAUAUCGUUCCGCGACAUCGGUUUAUGUCGGCGUACGAGCAGAAGAUAGAGCCGCCGGACCGUCGCUGGCAGUACCUCCUGUUCGCCGCCGAGCCCUACGAGACGAUAGGCUUUAAAGUGCCGUCCCGUGAGGUGGACAAGACUGAGGAGAAGUUCUGGACCCUUUGGAACAAAGAGGCCAAACAGUUCUUCCUCCAGUUCGCCUUCAAAGUGGAGCCGCCGAAGGGGUCGGUGCCUAAGUUCCCGGGAGGACCUAAUGCCGAGACGGGGCCACAACCGCCCCAACAAAACACUCCUAAUUAGUGAUCCGAUUGUGUCUCACAUUCAUUGACUGAUUUGUAAAACAAUUUUAAUUCAAUAAAAAUCCAUUCAUUUGUCAUUUGA